GACAGGGGCGACGACAGAGACGCUGGGCCCAAGAAGGUGUCCAGGAGGCCUGCGGAGCCGGGCUGCAACAUCUGCAUCUUCCGUUUGCCCCACGAUUGGGACGAGCCUGAGCUCCAGCGGCACUUCGACCACUUCGGCGAGGUCGUCUCUUGCACGGUGGUCAAGGACAACGAGUCGGGAGCGUCGCGCGGCUUCGGCUUCGUGGGCUUCACCUCGAAGGAGUCCGUGCGGAAGUCCAUCAUGGGCAUGGACGGGCUGCCG